CCCAGGAAACCUUAUUCCACCUCUGAUCAUGGGAUGGCACAAGCAGCCAGGACGUGCAGCUCCCAAAUCCAGUGGCUGGAUCCUCAGCAGGUGUUACUGACGCCAAUAAACAUGCCUAGCGCUUUCCAUCAGGAGAUCUCAAAGCCUCAUGAAUAGCUGAUCUUCCCUGGUUUUACUGGAAGUCUCCUGCGAUGUCUCAGGCUGGGCUUAUCCAGUUCAAGGACUCCAGCCCUUUCAUCCCCUGCUAUGGCUCCCGUGCACAGGGACGCACAGCCGGGGCGCUUCCGGAUGACAAUCCCCUGGGGUUUGCUGCUCAGCGGGCUGAUUUACAGUGCCAUCUCUGGCAACCAAUGUCCAGAGAAGGCGCCAAGCCCUGGAGAUUGCCCACUUGUGUCCAGCCGUGUCUGCAAAGGGGGCUCAGUAAACAUCCCACUUAACGCACCUGAAACCACCCUGGAUCUCUGCAAGCAAAAUGGGUCAACUUCGAAGUGGGAUCUCAUCUACAGCUUCGGUAUCGGGGGCCCGACGUAUUUCAAGAGCUACUUCAAGGAGCAAGUCUUGGUCUCCAAUGGCACCGUCGUGGUGGAGAAAGCGAGCCAAGGGGCUGGUGGGAAUUAUGUAUUUCAAGACCGCAAUGGAAAGUGUCUGGCUCAGAUAGCGCUGACAGUGGUGGACUCUUCCGGUAGCCGAUCCCAAAGCAGCGCUUAUCAAAAGGUUGCUGCGGCGGCCUGGUACUGGUGUAUGUUUCCUCUCUUGAGUCUGCUCCAAUGGCCGUAGAUUUGCAUCACUGCUCGUGAGCUAAGCUAAAGCACAGAUUUGAGAAGCGUAACUAGAAGCAGCGUCACCCUACGAAGAGUUCUUUACCCACCCACGAACACCCAGAGCAGUAACCAAUCAACUCAGCAGGAGACAGCUCCCUACAGCCCACGGGCCUCCUGAAAGCUGAUAACCACAGACACACAGAGUCCCUUUCACGCUCAGCUCCCAACACACUUGUGUUGUUGUUGUUACUGCUUAGUACUUCCGGCAAUACACCUCUAUUCUCAGUAAUUUUAUUCUUUCAAGGUGUUGUUUUGGUGUUUUGACUGCUCUGUGCAUUUCAUCAUUUUUAUUUCUCUCUUACGCUUACAUUUAAUUCUUUGAGUAGUGAGUUCUAAAAUGCCUAACCUGGCCUGGCUGGAGUAAUUAUCCAUCUAGACAUUUUUCAGAUAUAUAUAAAUAUUAUAUCUAGGUUUUUUGUGUCUACUGGUGGUGCACAUCCGCCCAUGCCUUGGUGCACAUAACACAAUGUAUUCCGCACAUGGAUGGAAAAAAUUCAAGGGAACAUUGAUGACUGAGAGUCCUUUUAAAAAAAAACAACCUUAUUCUAAGAAAGCUCUGGCGGUCAGGGCUAUAUUGAUCCACCAGCCGCUCAGAACGUCACAGCAACCCUGGGGGAAGGAGGCCUGUUACUGGAGAACCGACCCCUGGAGCCAGGAGAAUCUCUCAGCGCCAUGAGCAGUAGACAGGACUAUGGUGCACUUUUUGUAGAUUCCUAUUCUGUUCAUUAGACUAGAGGGUCUACACACAGGACACACACACGCACGCACACACACAGGAGUUCUGCUCCGUCUCUCACCCCUACACACACACACUGGUUCAUUAUAACAUUUUGCAUCAAUCUCUCUCCUUUCGAACCCACAUAUCUGGGGCAAAUUCCCAGCUCUUAGGGCUUCCUGUUCUAAAAUAAAUGCCAUGGGGUCUCUGCGCACGGGAGGACCUUGGCAUGUUACGCUUAUAAGAAGCACACAGGAUCUUUCUCAGGGGAAAAGGCAAUACGCUGCGUUUAUUGAAGAUACAACAAUUAGCAUAUGCAUUCAAUCACACCACACACACACACACACACUGUCCCACCGGUCAGUGUUAUAGUUACCAGUCCAGAGUCCGGCUCGACCUAGUGGCCAGCUACGUUGAUCACCGGUAGGGAGGAGCCAGGUUCCGUCGGUCGCGACACGGUGCUCCGGGGAAGUCUUGGCAGGACGAACCCAAAGUUUCAUGGCCAGGCCCCCUGUUUAUAUAGUGCUUUUCCUUCAUUAGGACCAAUGAGUUUUGCACGGUCAUGCUGUAAUAAAUUUUUGUUUGACAAGUGCUUGUUUUCUUAACUUGUCCUUCUCAGUCUUUACAUCAAGUUCCUCAGGGAGUUAUACCAUGCUGGUUUUGAUCACCACUAUCUUGUCCCCAUUAAUAGGUGCCUGUCUCAUCUUUAGAGUCGUCAAUCUGCCCUCCUCUGAUGCUUCAACAGGGGAGUGUUGAGGCCUCCUGGUGCCCUUGUGUCUGUCUCCAGCUCCUCCCUAGACCAUCUGGUUCAGCGAUGGCCUUCACACUUAUCUCUUAACCUACAUGUUCCUCAUUCACACACGAAACACAAUUAAUUUACACAGAACAUUUUGAACAGGAACAUCAAAUUGCAAUGCAAGAAAAAAAGAAAAAAAAAAGAAACAAUCCUGGCAUUCCUUUACUUAUUUUAAAAUGCUAAACCUACAGCAGAUUGGUGACCCUCAGAGGAUCUGUUUCUGCCUUGAAAUCAGUCCAGACACAGAUUCUGGCUGAUGGCCCAUUAGGCCAUUCCUUUCUGCUCUUCAAAAAGGGUGGCUGGCGGGAUAUGAUCAAAUCAUACACCAAUCCAUUUAAUACAUACUAUAUUAUUAUGCUUUAUCCUUCAUUCUAAAUUAUAUAAAAUACAAACAUAAAAUCCUACUGCUACAAAAUCACCUCCCAGCUCCUGCUCACUUCUCCCAUCUUUACACAUCCAAGGAUCAUCCUUUUGGCCACAGCAUC